AUGACUACAUCGGCGAUGGAUCCUCCUCCGCCGCGUAACCCUACCCGUGAUCCAGAACCUGAACCAGACACAACAUCGAUUUCAGAGAGCAAGGAAUCCUCCGCCGUAUCAGAAAUCUCUUCGAUGAACCCUCCGCCUCCCAGGAACCCUAACACACCUGAUCUCGAGCCGACGGAAGUAGUGAACCCCGAGCUAAUUAAAGCAUCCAAGGACGAUUCCGUCGCUACAGACGCUGAAAAUCCACCCCGUGUCCGACCCGUGAAGCAGAGCCCCGUCCCGUACACUAUCCCAGAGUGGAGUGGACCUCCGUGCCACAAAUUUCAGCUCGAAGUCCUCAAGGAAGGCGCCAUUGUUGAACAAUUAGACGUCUACGAGAAAGGAGCUUACUUGUUUGGACGUGACAGUAUGUGUGAUUUUUCUCUUGAGCAUCCUUCGAUUUCAAGGUUUCAUGCAGUGAUUCAGUACAAGAGAAGUGGAGUUGCAUAUCUAUUCGAUCUUGGAAGCACUCACGGAACUGUAGUCAACAAGAAUAAGGUGGAUAAAAGAGUUUUUGUGGAUUUGAAUGUUGGUGAUGUUAUUCGCUUUGGCGGCUCGACUCGACUGUACCUUUUCCAAGGACCCUCGGACUUAAUGCCACCAGAGAAAGACUUGCAAUUGUACAGAGAAGCAAAGCAGAGACUGGAAUUAUCGGAACGAGAAGCUUCACUUCGGCGAGCAAGGCAGCAAGCUUCCAUGGCUGAUGGUGUUUCAUGGGGCAUGGGGGAAGAUGCUAUUGAAGAAGAAGAGGAGGAUGUUGAAGAAAUCACGUGGCAAACAUAUACUGGAGAACUCACACCGAAGCAAGAAAAAACUAAAGAGAAAGUAUUGAAACGGUUGGAGAAGAUUGGCCAUAUGAGUAAGGAAGUAUCUGCUAUUCGAGCUAAAGACAUUUCUCAGGGUGGAUUGACACAAGGACAACAAACGCAGAUCGCCAGAAAUGAGCAGAGAACAGCCGAGCUUCUUGAAGAACUUGAGAGCUUAGAGGAGACACUAAAUGACAGCAUCCGAGAAAGUUUGGGUGCAAAAACAGGAAGAAAACCCAAAGGCAAGAAGAAAGGAAUUGUAGAAGAUGAGGACGACUUCUCAAGUGAUGAAGAUGACUUUUAUGAUCGGACCAAGAAGAAACCGUUAACACAGAAAGGCAGCGAAAGCCAAACUGUAGAAACCGUUGACUCUCUUCUGGAAAAGAGGGACAAAGUCUUGAAAGAGAUAGAAGAAAAGAACGAACAGCUUUCGGCAGAGAAGAAUAAGAUGGAGAUAGAGACUGUCGCAGAGGUUGAAUCUGGUGACUCCCUUGACGCAUACAUGACCGGCCUUUCUACUUCACUUGUGCAAGAUAAAACUACGCAGAUCCAGCAAGAAUUGUCUGCUCUUCAGUCAGAAUUGGAUAGGAUAUUGUAUCUUCUAAAGAUUGCUGACCCGACCGGAGCAGAGGUUAAGAAAAGGGUGUUGAAGUCACAGGAGCCAAAGGUUAAGAUAGUUGAAAAACCUCCUGUAGAGAAGACGAAGAGUCUACCUUUAAAACCAGCUAAUCCUGAUGAGAAAUUAGAGAAAGAGACGGGCAAAGAUCCAGCUAAAGUUGAAAUGAAAGAAAGUGAAACAGCUGAAGAGAAGAAGACCACUGUGUUUGUUCCAUUCAAACCUCAAUGGCUCGGUUCCGCUGCAGAUAAAGAAUCAGUGGAAGAGAAAACGCCUGCGGUUGUCGCUGCUGCUGCUACGACUGAGAGCACAGAUGAUGCUGAUGGGUUUGUUGACUAUAAAGAUAGGAAGACGAUGAUCGAAGGUGCAACGGGAUUGAUAAUAAGGAAACGGAAGCAAGUAGACAAGAGCAAAGAAGAAGAUGAAGAGUCAAAGGAAAAGCAAGCAGAGGUCAUGGCGCAAGACGCUGUUGCUCUUUUGUUGAAACAUUCCGUGGGACAUCAUGUAAACGAAGAAGACAAAGAAAUCAGUAACAAGGAAGAAAAAAGUAAGCAAGGAAGUGGACAUAGUAGAAAGAAGAAGAAGGCUAAAAAAGUUCUUGGUGCUGAUAAACCCGGGUUUCCAGAUGAAAGCAGCACAGAUUUUGAUUCGUCAUGGGUACCUCCUCAAGGACAAUCUGGUGAUGGACGUACUUCUCUGAAUGACCGUUUGGGUUAUUGA